ACUGAAACAUGACUGAUGCAGUUGAAUCCCAGUCUUCUGACUCUGAUUACCCUGAUGCCCAAGAGCUAAUCGGCAGUCAGCAGAAAGGCCCGCGCAAGGCACAUACACGUGAAGCGAAUGCACGGGUGGAGCGUUCGUGUUCAAGGCAGAAGAAUGCUGCUGCUGAGGAGUCUUCAGCUGAGCCCAGCAGUAUACACCAAUCAGCUGCUUCAGCCGAAGUUUUGCUGGUCAGCAGUGAUUCAGAAAUGGAUCUCUCUGCUACUAGUGACAGUGAGUAUCAUCCUGAGUGCUACACUGCACCCUCGAAGCACAAAAUGAGACUGCGGUCUUCAAGGCAACAAACAGAAUCUGUUGCGGAAGUGUCUGACAGUGAAAGCUCUUCAGAUUCGUCUCCGCCCCCUGCGGUGCAAUCAUCAGAAACUUCCCAGAAGCAGAAGUCAAAACUAAAUGUGAAAGCCAUUUUGGCCUAUCACUUCAGAGGAAAGAAGUUUAGGGCUGCUGCACACCGCAAGUACAGGGUUAGCUCAUGGAAGAAGAAGAAAAAGCAUGAGAGGACACCUAGGGAGGCGCCUCUGGUGCGGCGACGGCUGACAGCCUCCCCUCAGGAACAGAGGAGAAGGCUUCUACACAGAGGCUUUCAAUUCCCUUUUGUCCAAGAACAUUAUGGGAAGAAACACAUUCCCUUAAAGAUGGUUCUUGACUAUGAGCAAGCAGCUGCCAAGGGGUAUUUCCAGUACAUUGAAAUGCUUAAAUAUGAAGACCAUCUUAAAAGAGCUUUAAAAACCCUUCAGGCCAGUGAAGACUUGGAAAAACAGUGCCUGUCAGUACGGAAACACAAAUACUUAGAUGAUGAAGGUCCCAUUUCCCCUAUUCAGGAGACAAACAGUGAUGAUGACAACUUGAAUUCUGAUAAUCCAGAACAAUUUGAUGCCAGAGUAGUGGAGAACAGCUCUUUCAUUAUAAGCAGCAAAAUUCCCAGCAAGAAAAAAUCAAAACGUGCAAAAUCAACUGAAGUGAUUGAAAUAGAAGAUGAUUGACUGUGCUGCUGAGAGCUCUGGGUUUCUGCAAGGCGUUUGCCUCUGAAGUGGCAGUGCUUGCUCUUCAGAUACCCUUUGUCAUGGCCUCUGUAGUUUAAAAUACUGUAAAGACA